GCUCGCUUCCGCAGGAUAGAUUCCGUUUCUAUCUCUGCAUCUGGAUCACAGUUGGAUCUAGCAUUAGAGGUAUAUAACUGCGGUCUGCGGUGCAAGUGGAAUUCGCUAGCAGGGUUCAGUUUUGGAAAUUUUUUGCUUUGCACCACGAUAAACUUUUAUAAUAUUGUACAAAAAUGGCGAAGUUAUUGUUUGUGUACUUCCUCGUAGCGACAGCCGUGGUGUGCAUCAACGCCACCAAGGGCUCCGGAUCGGGCAACAAGGGUGGUCGACCCGGCAGCAGCAGCGGAGAUAAACCCAAAACCCUGACCAAGCUGUGCGCCGAUGAAGUUGCCAAGCAGAUGGUCCACGAAUUUGCCGAGAAGUACCAGGCAGCUGUCAAGGGCAUCCUCUAUCCCGAAGACAAGGCCCACGCCAGAGACAGGGUCGAUGCGGAAGUCAAGAAGAUUCUGGAUGAACACUAUCACAUUCCCCCCGGAGCGAUCCCAGAUCUGGUUAAGAGUAUCCGGGAACAGGCUGAAAAGCAGAAGAACCCCAAGAAACACAAACAUGUUACGGAUCCCAUCAUCGCCAAAGUCUUGGGCAUGCUUCCACGAUGCAUCACUAGCUAGACAUGAGUCCAACUGUUUGCUCUACGUUUGCUUUACUUUAGAGUUGUGUUUACACUUGCGGAUUUUCAAAGUUUUUUGGCCUUGUGUAUACUGUACUCUGUAUAUACCUGACAAGACUUGGA